AUGCCGAGGAGUGAUCUCGGUUAUUGGAGGCAGGAACCAGAGAACAGAGCCACAAGGGAGUCGGGGUCGGACACCGACCGCACCGAGCGGAUCCUCCGUGUCUUGUCUUUUGGCUUUGAUGUUCUUUGUCCUGGCCAGGACAAGAUAACAGAAGGGCACGUGGGGGGGUUAGAAAUUGUGUUGACCAGGUUGAUGAGAGCUCUUUUGCCGUCGGGUCCCAUUGCGCUUGGCUCCAAACAACAAAUGACCAGCAAACACAGGCGACGGUGUCAAGAUCGAAUGAGUGUUGUGGACAAACGCCCCGGAUCUUUCACACGUGAAAGCGGCCUGAGUAAAUUGAUGCCAUCGUGGAGAUGCAAAUUACCGUGA